UACGCCUUAUGUAACCAAAUGCCUUCCGGGAACAGAAAAAAAGGAAGUAAAAAAUGAUCGACACCGCUAUGACGUUGUGUUACUGGAAUGUUUUCCAACUGUAACGUGGAAGUGACUGACUCCAGUCGACAUCGUUCACAGGAGCAAACAUGAGCUUUUUUCCGGAGUUUUCCAUAGAGACUUGGACUUUAAUAGCACUUGUCAUCAGUCUAAUCGCAGUAUAUGGAUAUGCUCCAUAUGGCUUUUUUAAGAAAAUAGGCAUCCCUGGACCCAGACCUUUGCCCUUUAUUGGGACAUUUUUGGAGUACAGAAAGGGCAUCCACAAUUUUGACACAGAAUGCUAUCAGAAAUAUGGAAAGGUGUGGGGACUGUACGACGGAAGACAGCCUUUACUGGCUAUAAUGGACACAGCUAUGAUCAAAACAAUCUUGGUUAAGGAGUGUUAUUCUGUCUUCACCAACAGACGGGAUCUGGGCAUAAAUGGACCCUUGCGUGACGCUGUAUCAAUAGUAGAAGAUGAGAAGUGGAAGAGGAUUCGCAGUGUACUCUCUCCAUCGUUCACCAGCGGACGCCUGAAAGAUAUGUACACAAUAAUGUUGCAGCACUCAAGCAAUCUGAUCAAGAGCCUUCACAUGAAAGUAGAGGCGGAUAAAGUCAUAGAAGUUAAAGAAGUAUUUGGACCUUACAGUAUGGAUGUUGUGACCAGCACUGCCUUCAGUGUGGACAUUGAUUCCAUCAACCAUCCAUCUGAUCCUUUUGUAGCAAACAUUAAGAGAAUGGUCAAGUUCAACUUAUUGAAUCCCUUACUUGUACUUGUGGUUCUGUUUCCAUUCUUGGUGCCAAUUAUUGAUGGAAUGGGUUUGUCAUUCUUCCCUGCUGAAGUGUUGAAUUUCUUCUUCAACUUUCUAAAGACGAUCAAAGCAGACCGGAAUAAGAAUGAGCACAAGAACCGAGUGGACUUCAUGCAGUUGAUGGUGGACUCUCAGAUGUCAGAGAAGAACAAAGAGGAUAAAAGCCCUGACAAAGGACUGACUGAUCAUGAGAUCCUGUCUCAGGCCAUGAUAUUCAUCUUUGCUGGCUAUGAAACCAGUAGCACCACACUGGGAUUUAUAGCCUACACCCUGGCAACCCACCCUCACAUCCAAAAAACCCUGCAAGAGGAGAUUGAUGAAACCUUCCCAGAAAAGGUUCGGCCAACUUAUGAAGCCCUGAUGCAGAUGGAAUACUUGGACAUGGUGAUUAAUGAGGCAAUGAGACUGUACCCCGUUGGUAAUCGAUUAGAGAGGAUCUCAAAGUCUUCUGUGGAAAUUAACGGUGUGACCAUCCCUAAAGGAACUGUCAUAAUGGUACCAGUUUACACUCUCCACCGUGACCCUGCUUUGUGGUCUGAGCCUGAGGCCUUCAAGCCUGAAAGGUUCAGCAAGGAGAACAAAGACAACAUCGAUCCAUAUGCCUUCCUACCCUUUGGAACAGGGCCAAGGAACUGUAUUGGCAUGCGAUUUGCUCUCUUGAUGAUGAGAUUGGCCAUAGUGGAGAUCCUUCAGAACUUCAGCUUUGUCACGUGCAAGGAGACAGAUAUUCCAAUGGAGCUGGGAACAGAUGGAUUUACAUCACCCAAGAAUCCCAUCAAACUGAAGCUGGAGCCCAGAGCAACCGUUGCUGAUCCUCUCUCAAGCUAACUCUGAUUAUCUGUAGCAACUAACUUUCUUUUUCAAACCAAUCUACAGCAUAGCAGUUACAUUUAAAACAAUUGAAAUAGACAGUCUUGUAGAACUUGCAUCCUUUCAAUAAGUAUUUCAAUAACAUAUUUUACUUUGCAUUACACAAUUCCAAUAAGAAGACUGUAAUGCCUAGCCAACAGCUUGGCUUGGUUCUACUAAACAAACCACUACUGAUAUUUUUGGCUUUCUCAUUCACUGAUAGUUUAGUUUAGUUUUGACUGAAAUUUGAUUCAUUCUGCAUGAUACUCUACAAUUCACUGAUGGCAUUACAGCCGUUCUUACAAUCACAUUUAAUUUUUUUCAUUUAUAUAAUGAAAAUGCUCACAUAUUAUUUGGUCAGUGUGUGGUCUCGCUGUUUUGUCAUCUUUUUGAAAUGGGUGUUCACAAUCCUUCAGCUGUAUCUAAUUUAGUUAUCUUGCUGUAUUUUUAGACAGACUGGUUGUCCUUAGUUAAAAAAAAUGUAAUGGCAGUUGUGUACAUGUCAAGGUACUUGUACUUCUGGAGUAUUUACAUUUUAUACUUUAUACUUCUUCUACAUUUACAGUAAUAGGUAAAUAUUAUAGCUACUCAACUCUACGAUUACUUGACAGCUAUAGUUGUUUUUUCAUACAAAAGAUAUGAUCCCUUUAUAAUGUAUGAUGCAAUGUUACAUUUUAAUAUAGUAUACAGUAUAUACAGUUGAAAUUAGAUCCACCUGGAGCCACCUCUAGCUCACCUGGUAGAAGUGUGCCCAUACAAGCUGAGUCCUUAUCCCCUCUCUCUUUCUCUCCACAUUUCCUGUCAUUCUCCAGCUGAUCUAUGAUGAAGGCAAUAAAAAAAUCUUUCAAUUCAAACA